UGUGUUUAUGAGUACAUUGUGCUCUCUGAUUCUUGGAGGGUCUCAGGAGUUGUGCUGCCUCCUUGUUUGCUACAAAUAUGGAUCAAGUCACACCAACCAUAGAGGAUUACUGGAACAUGGAUUAUGACGAAAAUUACACCUCGUCCCCUGAAACAAGCAGGACUCGUGCAGCCCCAUGCUUACAGGAGGACAUCUACGCGUUUGCACAGAAAUACUCCCCUGUUGUUUACUGUCUGGUGUUCCUCCUGGCUGUUGUGGGCAACGUGCUGGUCCUAUGUGUGAUUCACCGCUACCGAAACUCUCAGAGUGGUGGCGCCUGUUCCUUCUCUCUGACGGACACCUUCCUUCUUCACCUGGCCAUUUCAGACCUCCUGCUGGCCGUCACCCUGCCCCUGUUUGCGGUGCAGUGGGCUCACCAGUGGGUGUUCGGUUUGGCUGCUUGUAAAGUCUCCGGUGCCCUCUUCUCCCUGAACCGCUACAGUGGCAUCCUCUUCUUGGCCUGCAUCAGCUUUGACCGAUACCUGGCCAUUGUUCACGCUGUCAGCUCUGGCUGGAAGCGCAACACAUGCCAUGCCCAAAUUGCAUGCGCCUUCAUCUGGGUGGCCUGCCUGGGCCUGAGUGGGGUGGAUAUUACCUUCAAACAGGUAGUGGUUGGCCAUCACAAGCUGCUCCUAUGUCAGGUGUGGUUCACUGAGAACUCCACACAGUGGCAGGUGGGGCUGCAGCUGGUCAGCGUGAUUCUGGGUUUUGGGCUCCCUCUGUUGAUCAUGCUCUACUGCUACAUCCGCAUCUUCAGGUCUCUAUGCAAUGCCACUCGCCGCCAGAAGCGCAAGUCUCUCCGCCUCAUCAUCUCCCUGGUUUCUGUGUUUGUCGUCUGCUGGGCACCGUACAACUGCUUCCAGCUGGUAGAUAUUCUGCACAGGUUGGGCACAGUGACUGGAGGUUGCCAGUUUGGCCGUGUUGUGGACAUUGGGACUCUGAUCACUGAAAGUUUGGGGCUGUCGCACUGUGCCCUGAACCCUCUGCUGUAUGGCUUUGUUGGGGUGAAGUUCAGGAGGGAGCUGGUAAGAAUGUGUAAGGGGCUUCUGGGACAGAGAGGCUUGCUGGGGAUGGAGGGAUGGAGGCAGAGGAGGCCUAGAAGAACCACGGGCUCCUUCAGUUCUGCAGAAAGUGAAAACACCUCCUAUUCUGUCAUGGUGUGACACUGGUUAGAGAGACAGGAAGAAAGAUAUGUGGUUUUGAGUGAGAGGGUGGGUUUGGACUAAAUUAAGAGAAAGAAUAUAUGUACAGUUUAAUUUAGACUGUUAAGAAUGUCCUCCUCCUCAUCUAGAUUUCUGUGAUGUAUUUCUUCCAAUGGUGCCUUUGCCAUCUGGUUAUGGUGCAGCUUACAACACUUUGUUCUGUUGUUGUUUCUCUCUUUUUUUUAAGAACACUGUAUUAAUAUUUUGAAGUGAGGGUGGGGCACAGAGUAAAACAGAACUCCCCACCCCACAUGUUGAUGCUAUCCAAGUCCAAAUCCUGUGAAACAUAUUGAUUUCUUCAUACUUGUAGAAACCCUUGUUCAGCACUUAAAAUGUAACCUGUGACGUCAGUAGACAUAUCUCAAAUCCUUACACUCAUUUUACUCAUUUUGUGUUCUUUUUUUCUGCUGGCAGUUUUACAGCUCUUUUCUCAGCUGUGUGCUUCAUAAAAUGACUGUGCUGCAAAAGAAGAAGUGAGAAAUUACUGUUUUUGAGUUUUGUAUGUGCCAUUAAAACCCAAAAUCUUUGUAAGGUACAAAGGUGUUUUUAAUAAAUGUUUUUGAAU